UCGAAAGUAUCUGGAAAUAAAUGUUUCUUUUUGCUGUUCAGAACUUCGACGAAGUCUUUCAGGACAGCGACAGCCAUUGAUUUUCCCGGCGGCUGACCAUGACGACUACAUUUGCUCUUUCCGGGUUUAUCUACGAGACCCACUUGCAAAUGAGUGCGUCUGGAAUGGACUACUCUCUCCCGAACGACGACUGUCCCGUGCAUUGCGUAUGUGACCAGGAAGUUCUACUCCUUUAAUUCUCAACUUCGGCGAUGAGACUUUUGGAGAGCCAUGAACACCUGUUUAGCAUCUUGUGGAACUCUGACGCUUCUUCUCAUAGUUCUGGCAGUUCUAGGAAGCCUUCUCCCUCGACACCACCGCCGAGAUCAUUCUUUGUGGAUUGCUCUUCCUGCUACCUUGGCCCUUGAUGCAUCAAUUCCUGUGGCUACUGUAGAUGAACAUUUUGUCUGCGCAACAAUUGACUGGUGGCCGCAGGGGAAGUGCAAUUAUGGAAGUUGCAGCUGGUUCCAUUCUUCUAUACUCAACCUGGAUCUUACAAAUCGUCUGCUUGCUGAGGCUGUGACAGCGUUGGCUCCACUAUUGAUACGGCUUGGAGGGUCUUUGGAGGAUCAGAUCUUUUACGACGUUGGAAGCUCUGCCACGACGACGACUUGCAAGACUUUCACCACUCAGAACCACAGGUUCGGAUUUUCUACUGGAUGUCUCAAUAUGUCACGAUGGCAGCAACUAAAUGAAUUCUUUCAGAGAACAGGAUCGCUGGUGGCAUUUGGUCUAAACGCUUUACACGGGAAAGAACGUAUCGAUAACACAUUCCAGGGACCUUGGAACUCUAGCAAUGCGCGAGAUUUCAUAGCAUACACUGCCAGCAAACGCUAUCCUAUCAAAGCUUGGGGGCUUGGCAAUGAGCUAAGUAGUAGUUUUAGCGGAGUUACAUUGGAUUCGAGGAACUAUGCAGCAGAUGUGGACGAACUCCAGCAGAUAAUUGACGAAAUCUAUGGAACCGGGCAAAAGCCAGUUCUCGUAGCACCGGAUGGCUUUUUUUAUGCUUACUGGUACAGCCAAGUUUUACAGCAAACCAGAACAGAUCCAGCAUUGAGAGCUGUCAGUUUUCACGUCUACGAUCUUGGACCAGGUGAUGGCAAAAACAUUGCUGCUCGGAUACUCAGCGCGGCUCACACCGAUAGAUAUCAGCAAGUCCAGCGCGUUCUCCGCCAGUAUGGAAAUGGAGCGAAGGCUUGGGUGGGAGAAGCAGGAGGGAUUUAUAACGGUGGUCAGCACCUCGUCAGUGACGCAUUUGUCUUUAGUUUUUGGUAUGAUAAGUUUUUUUUAUGCUUCUUCUUUCCUGGCUAUUUCUUUUUCAAUUCUAGGUACUUGGACCAGCUUGGGAUGGCUGCGCUUCACAACACGGCAGUAUUCUGUCGCCAAAGUCUUAUAGGAGGUAACUACGGCCUCCUCGAUUCAAACUUCAAUCCAAAUCCAGACUUUUACUCGGCGCUUCUCUGGAAGAGGCUUAUGGGCGAAGUCGUGUUAAAUGUGACAUCACAAAGUCUCAACUCGUCCAGCUUCCACACAUACGCACACUGUUUGAAAAACGCCCGGGGAGGAAUCGCUGUCCUGGUGAUCAACUUCAGCAACAACACACAGGUGGUGCUCGAUCUGGGGCUCAAGUCGCAAAAGCUGGAGUACCACUUGAGCUCGCCGGAUGGAAACGUCCAGAGCCAAAGAGUGGCUCUCAAUGGGCAAGUUUUGGAGGGCGCUAAGAGCGAACUGAAGGCCAUUGCGGUGGAGGGAUCCAACCCGAGCAAAGUAGCACCGCUCUCGAUUGCUUUCAUCACGCUCCCAGAUGCCUUCGUCCCCGCCUGUACUCUCUAAUUUCUAGAGAAAUACGAAAAUAACUCAUACUUGGACGCGAGUUU